AUGGAACCAGACAAUGAUACAGGAAUUUCAGAGUUUCUUCUUCUGAGAUUUUCUGAGGAUCCAGAAGUGCAGCCUCUCAUAUUUGCGCUUUUCCUCUCCAUGUACCUGAUCACUGUGUUUGGAAACCUGCUCAUCAUCAUGGCCAUCAGCUCUGACUCCCACCUCCACACCCCCAUGUACUUUUUCCUGGCCAACCUGUCCUUUGUAGACAUCUGUUUCACCUCCACCACCGUCCCCAAGAUGCUGUGGAACAUCCAGACUCAGAGCAAAGUCAUAUCAUAUGAAGGCUGCAUCACACAGAUGUACUUCUUCAUAAUCUUUGGAGACUGCGAUGACUUUCUCCUGACCGUGAUGUCCUAUGACCGCUUUGUGGCCAUCUGUCACCCCCUGCACUACACGGUCAUCAUGAACCCCCGGCUCUGUGGUCUACUGGUUUUGGUGUCCUGGGUCAUCAGUGUUCUCAAUUCCUUGUUACAAAGCUUAAUGGUGUUGCGGCUGUCCUUCCAUUCAGAGGUGGAAAUCCCCCACUUUUUCUGUGAAAUCAAACAGGUCGUCGGGCAUGCCUGUUCUGAUACCUUUCUUAAUGACAUGAUGAUGACUUUUGGAAUUGUACUGCUGGGUGGUGCUCCCCUGGCUGGAAUCCUUUAUUCCUACUCUAAGAUAGUUUCCUCCAUACAUAAGAUAUCAUCAGCUCAGGGCAAGUAUAAAGCAUUUUCCACCUGUGCAUCUCACCUCUCCGUUGUCUCCUUAUUUUAUUGCACAGUCCUGGGAGUGUACCUUAGCUCUGCUGCUACCCAGAGCUCCCACGCAAGAGCUGUGGCCUCGGUGAUGUACACGGUGAUCACGCCCAUGCUGAACCCCUUCAUCUACAGCCUGAGGAACACAGACAUAAAGAGGGCUCUGAAAAGGAUCAUUAGGGUUCCAGUGAUAUAA